GGGAGAGGAGAGAGCGACCGCCGCCGCGGCUGUGGCUCUUUCUCCGGGGAGAGCGGCGGCUCUGCAGUCGGUAGCGUAGUGCCGGGACGGAGAUGUUUAAGCUGCCGCUGAGCGGGUCGGCCGGACGGGACCCCGGCCGUUUCUGAUCGCGGGGAGCCCGAUUCCGCCCUGCGGCCCUCUCGCAAAGUGAAACUAAAGAAGUCCCGGAAGGCCCUCAUCUCGCACUCGCACGGAGAGAGGCCGCCGUUCCCCCAGCAGGGAUCCAUUGGUUUAAUGCUGAUGUGAAGAGAGAUGGGUGGAUGGAAGAUGCGCUGGACUCUAAUCCUGCUCUUCUGUAGGAUCUACAUUGCCUGUGCCCAGAGGGUAGAACAGUUCAAGGUCACAGGGCCGGCGCAGGCCAUCGUGGCCAUGGUUCAGAGCGUGGCUGUCCUGGAGUGUCAGCUGAUCCCGGAGAACAUGCCACCCAGCAUGGAGAUACGCUGGAUGCGCAGUGACACCAAGGCGAGCACCAUCGUCCACCUGUACCGCAACGGCAAGGAUGUGGUGGAGGGCCAGGACGAGGCUUACCGGGGCCGCACCGAGCUCUUCAAGGAUGACUUCCAGAAGGGCAAUGUCUCGCUCAGGUUGAGUGGUGUGCGGCUGGCCGAUGAGGGGGAAUACUUGUGUAUGGUGGAGUAUAACAGAGUCCCCGAGCAGGCUCUUGUUCCACUGAAGGUUUCCAGCCUGGGCCUCCAACCUUCCAUUCAGUUGAAAGGUUACGAAGGCAAUGGGAUCAAGAUCCAGUGCAGCUCCUCUGGCUGGUACCCCGAACCCAGUAUUCUGUGGACCAGAAGCGGAGAGCAGGAGGUGAAGGCCGAGUCCCAGACGACAAAGGACCUGGAUGGCUUCUACCGCAUCGCCAGCUCCUUGAAGGUGAUGAGUGACAUGACCGACGUCAAGUGCAGGGUGAAGGCUGGCACGCUGAAGGUACUGACGUCCAGGCUGAGGAUCCCAGAUGAAUUCUUCCCACGAGUUUCAAAAUUCUUCACCGUGUUCAUGGUGUUCUUCGUAAUUCUACUUGUCGUACUUGUGAGCGCUGCGUGGCUUUACUACAGGAAGCGGACAAACGCGAGUGAGUUGUACAAACGUCCCACACUUGAGCAACAUGAGUCCAUAAUCAACGAAAUAGAAAAUCUGAAAACCCUUACGGAAAGUGCCCAGAAUAAUUAUGAUCUGGAGACGACACUGUCCACAGAAGCCGCAGAAAGAGUCAUUGACGCCGCAGUGUCGAUCACCUUUGACCCAGACACCGCCAACCCGUACCUGGUCAUCUCAGACAACCAGCUGAGUGUCUCGUUCACCGAAGAGUGGAACGAGAAAAAGGACAACUCCAAGCGCUUCAACGCCAGGCUCUUCGUGAUGGCCUGCCAGGGCUACGACAGCGGCAGGCAGUACUGGGAGGUGUCGGUGGGUAACAAGCCCGACUGGGACCUGGGGGCGGCCUACGCGUCCAUCCCCAAGAACGACUGGGUCACCCUGAGCCCCGAUAACGGGAUCUGGACCAUCGGCAAGCGUGGCCAGUUGUACGAGGCCAACGAUGAAUUCCCCACGCCGCUGGAGGGGAUGGCCGCUGCUGAGACCAUUGGCGUUUACGUGGACCACAACCUGGGCAAGAUCCACAUAUAUGAUGCCGAAGCCAUGGCCCACAUCUACUCAUUUCAAGCCAAAUUUACUGAGAAAGUCUACCCUUUCUUCAGUCCUUGGGGGUCACAGGAGAAAAUGAAGAUCUCCCCCCUUUGACCCUUCCGGCAGUGAGUUUGAUACGGGAGCACGGGAGGAAGCCUGUGGCCAACUGGGAAAAUUACUCCUAAAUUCAUUAAACAGGAAGUGACCUUUACAGAUGCCUUAAAGAGACACUGAAGAGAUCAUAAACACCAGAGAUUCUUCAGAUGCUGGAAAUCUGGAGCAACACACACUAAAUGCUGGAACAAUUUAGCAGAUCAGGCCUCGUCUACGGAAAUGUAUAAACAGUCAAUAUUUCAGGCUGAGACCCUUCACCAGGGGCUGAAAAGAUGCCAGAAUUUUUUUUAAAAAUGGAGGGAGGGGACUAUAAAUUAGUGAGUCUCACACCAGUUGUAGGGAAAUUUUAUUUUUUAUUUAUUCGUUUACGGGAUGUGGGCAUCACCAGCUAAUCCAGCAUUUAUUAACCAUCCCUCGUUGCCGUUCAGAAGGUGGUGAUGAGCUGCCUUCUUGAACCACUGCAGUCCCUGAGGUGUAGGGACACCUAAAGUGCUGAUAGGGAGGGAAUUCCAUGAUUUUGACCCAGUGACAAUGAAGGAAUAGCGAUACGUUUCCAGGUCGGGAUGGUGAGUGACUUGGAGGGGGAUUUCCAACUGGUGGUGUUCCCAGGUACCUGCUGUUCUCAUCCUUCUAGCUUGUAGUGGUCGUGGGUCUGGAAGGUGCUGCCUUAGGAACUUUGGUGUGUUGUUGCAGUGCAUCUUGUAGAUAGUACACACUGCUGCAACUGUUCGUCGAUGGUGGGGGGAUUGGAUGCUUGUGGAAGGGGUACCAAUCGAGUGGGCUGUCUUGUACUGGAUGGUGUCCAGCUUCCCGAGUUUUGAUGGAACUGCACUCAUCCAGGCGAGUGGCAAGUAUUCCAUUACACUCCUGACCUGAACCUUGUAGACGUUGGACAGGCUUUGGGGAGUCAGGAGGUGAGUUACAUGCCGCAGGAUUCCCAGCCUUUGACCUGCUCUGGUAGCCUCGGUGUUUCUAUGGCCAGACCAGUUCAGUUUCCUGUCAAUACUAACCCCCCAGGAUGUUGAUAGUAGGGGAUUCAGUGAUGGUGGUGCCACUGAAUGUGAAGGGAUGAUGGUUAGAGCCUCCCUUGUUGGAGAUGGUCAUUGCCUGGCACUUGCAUGGCUCGAACAUUGCUUGCCACUUGCAAGGAAAUUUUAUGUUUCUGUAUUGAACAUUUGGAAGCUCAUGGCCUAAUUAGGGAGAGCCAGCAAUGCUUUGAGCAUGGCAGGUCGUGCCGUAUCAACUCAAUGAAUUUUGACAUAGUGUCUAGAGAGAUUGAUGAGGUUAGGGCUGUGGAUGUUGUCUACAUGGAUUUUAGUAAGGCAUUUGACAAAGUCCCUCAUGGGAGGCUCAUCCAGAAGAUUAACUAUGGGGUCUGUGGCGAAUUGGUUAGUUCCAUCCAGAAUUGGCUUGCUCAUGCACAGAAGACAGAGGGUCGUGGUCGAAGGGAUGGAUUCGAGCUGGAGGUCUGUAAUUAGUGGUGUUCCACAGGGAUCUGUGCUGGGACCCCUGAUGUCUAUAAACGACCUAGAUGAAAAUGUGGAUGGAUGGCUUAGUAAGACCCUUAGCAGUGUUGCUGAGUGGGCAGAACUUGGGGUCCAAGUUCACAGCUCCUUGAGAGCGGUUGAUAGGGCGGUUAAGAAGGCUUGUGGAAUGCUUGAUUUUAUUAGUCAAGGCAUUGGGUUCCAAAGUCAGGAGGAGAUGCUGCAGCUUUAUAAAACUUUGGUUAGGCCGCACUGGAGUGUUGAGUACGGUUCUAGUCACCCCGCUAUAGGAAGGUUGCUGAGGCUUUGGAGAGGGUGCAGGAGAGGUUUACCAGCAUGUUGCCUGGUUUAGAGGGCAUCCGCUGUCAGGAGAGGCUGGGUAAACUUGGGUUGUUUGCUCUGGAGCGUCGGAGGCUGACGGGAGAUCUGAUAGAGGUUCAUAAGAUUGGGAGGCAUAGGUAGAGUGGACAGAGAGUUUCUCUUUCCCAGGGUAGAAGUGCCUAACACCAGAGCGCAUGGAUCGAAGGUGAGAGGGGAUGUGUGGGGUACGUUUUUACUUGGAGAACAGCGGAUACCUGGAAUACGCUGCCUGGUCUGGUGGUAGAGGCAAAUAUACUAGAGGCCUUUAAGAGUCCUUUAGCUAGGCACAUGAAUAUGAGGAAAAUGGAGAGAUAUGGACAUUGUGGAGGGAUUAAUUUUGGGGGGGGUGGGGUUUGAUUUACUUUUCAACUGGUUCAGUGCAGCAUUGUGGGAUUAAUGGACUGGUCCUAUGCUGUAGUCAUAGUCAUACUUUAUUGAUCCCAAGGGAAAUUGAUUUUCGUUACAGUUGCCCCAACCAAGAAUAGAGUAGAAAUAUAGCAAUAUAAAACCAUAAAUAGUUAAAUAGUAAUAUGUAAAUUAUGCCAGGAAAUAAGUCCAGGACCAGCCUAUUGGCUCAGGGUGUCUGACCCUCCAAGGGAGGAGUUGUAAAGUUUGAUGGCCACAGGCAGGAAUGACUUCCUAUGACGCUCUGUGUUGCAUCUUUUACCAUUGGAAGCUGAUGGAGCAGCUGAUUCUGGUGGAAGGUAGCCACCAACCUGAAACGUGAACAUUGAGUUUUCCAUCUGCCAGUAUUUUUCCCACUGUCCUUCCCAUCCUCUUCAUCUCCCCCCACUCUGGAAUCUUAGCUUGUCUCCUUGCCUCCCUUUCAUUCCCCCUCCUCCUUCCCUUUCUCCCAUGAUCCACUCUUCUCUCCUAUCAGAUUGAUGCUUCUUCAGCCCCUUAACUCUCCCACCUAUCACCUCCCAGCUUCUUGCUUCAUCCUCCUCCCCCACCCACCUGGCUUCACCUAUCAACUCCUUGCCUGUACCCCUUUGCAUCCCCCACCUUAUCCUGGCACCUUCACCCUUCAUUACCAAAGAAGUGUCUUUGCCUGAAACGUUCAUUUCCAUUUUUAAAAAUGUAUUCCGAGAUACAACAUGGAACUGUUCCUUCCAACGCUUCAGGCCACGCUGCCUAGCAACUCCCAGUUUAACCCUAACCUAAUCACGGGACAAUUUGGACUGUGGGAAGAAACUGAGGCACCCAAAGGAAAGCACGCGGUUCACGAGGAGUAAGUACAAAUUCCUUACAGAUAGCUGAUCUAUCCAGUGGGAUUAACUACCCAUGGCAGCAGAAUAAUCUUCACGAAGAGUUUCUUUCCCCCACCCACACAACCCAGUGUCUGCUGUGGUUCGUUCUGAAAUGCACUCAGAAGUGUGUGAAUUAAUGUGAACUCCAGAUAGUCAAAAGGAAGGCCUGUAACUCCUGCACUACCCAGAAUGUGAGAGACUUUCUGAUACUGCAUGUGGCAGUAAUGUUGAACACUGGAACUUUCUCUCUAAAUUGUGACUUUCUGCCAAGUUCCUAAAGGUACCAUUGACAGAGUGGCGCGGACAGCCCAACGCAUCUGAAGAUGUGAACCUCCCUCCACUGAGAACAUUUAUAGAAGCAGGCUCGGAAAAUCAUCGGGAACAGCAGUCACCCCAGCCACAAUUUGUUUCAGCUGCUUCCGUCUGCCAAAUGCUACCACAGUAUUAAAGCCAGGGCCAACAGGCUACAGAACAGCUUCUUUCUGCAAGUUAUUAGACUUUUAAAUUCAUGCCUCUAUGCAGUAUUGUAACAGAGUCAUAAAGCAAAGCUCCCUAACAUGGAAUGGAUGUGUGAUAUAAUCAAUUCUAAAUUCUAGGUUUGUAAAAGUAUUUUUUCAGAAUUAUCUACUGUGUAAAUUUCAUCUACUGUUUCAUAACCCCUUUCGUAUUGUGUUCACUCGCUCCAGUCACCUCGGAACCACGAAGAGAACCAAAGCCAGGAGAUGUAGACAAAGCAGGAACUGGAAAUAAACCUUUAUUCAGUAAUAAUUACAAAACUCAGCACUACAUCUCAAACCGCGACUAUUUAAAUAGUUUACACAACGAGCUUUCGAGACAAUGAUAGGAACAAUGGCUGCUAAAUGAAGGUCAGCCUGGGAUUGGUUGUUUUGACUCGCUGUAACAAGUAUAAAAAGGCAGUCAACAGGAAUUCUGCAGAUGCUGGAAAUUCAAGCAACAUACAUCAAAGUUGC